AGCACGCUUCUUGUCAUUGAUUCGAUGAUAAUGCACUGAAGAGCUUCCACUUUGGUGGGAUUUCCAAAUUUAUGGGUUUCCACACAUUCUGCAGAUAUUAUUAUAUUUCAAUUGUCCCAAGAUUGUACUAAUAAUUAGAACCAGCUUCUGUGAUCUGUUGCUAUAUACAGACGCCUUGCCUCUGCAUUUCUUGCAAUAUCCAUCUGGUCUUUCCCCCUAGUCCUCAAAAAAUGAGCACGUCAGUGAGGAUGGUUCUGAUGUUUCUGGUGCUCAUUUUUGUAACCCUUGUGUCUGCAUACAAUGCUUGCCCUAAAUGUGGAAGCAUUGAAAUUCCAUACCCACUUAGCACUGAUGAAAGCUGUGGAGACUCAAGGUAUAAAGUCUACUGCAACAAUGGCGUUCUCGAGUUCUUGUCAGCUGGAGGGUUUUACUACAAGGUCCUCAGCAUUAAUCCAAGUUUUUAUAAGCUCAUCAUAAGCCCACCCUCAAUACAGAAAAACACAUGUUAUUCUUCUGAUUUCACUUCAGAAGGCUUAAGACUUGAUGAGAACUUGCCCUUCAACAUCUCUACUCACAACACUGUCAUGCUGCUGAAUUGCACUGAAGCCCUGCUUAGGUCCCCAAUGAAUUGUUCCACAAACAGCUUUUGUAGGCAGUUUGAGGAGAAGGUGGAGGAGGGAAGUGGGUGUAGAAACACCCUUUGCUGCCAUUACUUGAAAGAUUUUUCCAUGACCUCACACAUGAUUCGGGUCAGGGAUGGAGGGUGCUCUGCUUACACCUCUGUGGUGGAUAUGAAGCCUGGAGCUUCUUUUGAUUCUUGGAACUAUGGAAUUGAGCUGCAAUGGGUGCCCCCCAACUGAGUUGAAUUGAGUGGCAAAUGGCUGUCAUUUGCCAGAAAAAUUAACAGCAUUUUGGUUACUCCAUAAUUUGUUGCUUUUAUGGUAGAUGUGGGCCAGUUAUCUAUUGGCAGUUUUUGGUGUAUUAUGAAUGGUUACAACCACAUCGAACCGGAACAUCAUG